CGCCGUGCUCCCGCCCACCGAGCGGAUCAAGUUUGAAUGAACAACAGCAGUCUGUUCUGGAGGUGGUAGUUGCAUUUGCAGUAAUUAUUAAAAGUGUGUAUCAUAUCACGGGUGCGCUGAUCGAGGAUGGACAUGAAGAAAAGAAUCCACCUAGAGUUGCGGAACCGCACUCCCUCGGAUGUCAAAGAACUCGUGCUAGACAACUGUCGCUCAAACGAAGGCAAGAUCGAGGGUCUAACAGAUGAAUUUGAGGAGCUGGAAUUCCUAAGCACAAUCAAUGUUGGACUGACGACAGUUGCCCACUUGCCAAAGCUAAAUAAACUCAAAAAGCUUGAACUCAGCGAUAACAGGAUCUCAGGAGGGUUGGAAGUUCUGGCGGAGAAGUGCCCCAACCUAACACAUCUCAACCUCAGUGGCAACAAGAUUAAAGACCUCAGCACAAUAGAACCAUUGAAAGAAUUGGGGACCCUGAAAAGCCUAGAUCUCUUCAACUGCGAAGUGACAAACCUGAACGAAUACAGAGACAACGUAUUCAAGCUACUACCGCAGCUCACGUACCUGGAUGGGUAUGACAAAGACGACAAGGAGGCACCAGAUUCUGACGCUGAGGUUUACGCCGAGGGCUUGGACGAUGACGAGGAAGAUGAAGAUGAUGUAGAUGAGGAGGAGUAUGAUGAAGAUGCAGCACCAGGAGACGAGGAGGAGGAAGAGGGAGAGGAAGAUGAAGAGGAGAACGAAGAGGAGGAAGAGGAGGACCUCAGUGGAGAGGAGGAAGAGGAGGAAGAUUUGAAUGACAGGGAGGUUGACGAUGAGGAUGACGAGGAAGAAGAGCGAGGUCAGAAGAGAAAAAGGGAAGUGGACGAAGAAGGGGAGGAGGAUGAAGAUGAUUGAGAGUCCUCAUGAAGCUAAGUUGUGAACUGUUUUAAACUUGUAUCUCCCAGUCACUUCCCAACAGCCCCAUGUAUUUUUUCCCCCCAGUUUCAUAUUGCAGUAGGAGUGGUUUUUGUUAUUGGCCAGUCAGGUAGAUGGGGUUGUCUGGAGAAAUAAGUUAAAUUUAUGUAUCUUUGAUGCUCCCGUGUUUCAGUCUUUACUGUCCACUUUUGACUGCUUUGUGGACACCAAUUUUGUAAUAUCAAACGAUAGCAAAGAUGAACCUUUUUAAGACUUGUUUUUGUUUUCUCACUGUUUGUGUAAGACCAGUUUCUGAUGACUUGUGUAUUUUAAGACUCCCCUUCAAAAGAAAAAAACAAAAAGCGAAACAAAAAAAAAAAAAAGAGUGCAUGUCCGAUACAUUUUAAAGUCAACUACUGGAUUUCAUGUAUGGCUGUUCUCUCCUUGUCUUAAACUUAUUUUUG